GCUUGGUCGGGACACGGCUAGCUGGGCUAAACUUCGCUGCCAGGUCAACGGAGGACAGGAGCAUACCAAAUAUUUUUUAUCUGUGAGCAUACUAUCAGUGAGAAAUUUGACACAUCCUGCACAAUGGCUGACAGCGGGAAGACUGAUGAGCCCAGUGCAACCACAGCCCAGCCAACUAAUGGAGACCAGCAGAGUGUUGUGUCCCGCGUGGGCAGCAUCCCCCUGGUGAGCUCUGCGUGUGGUGUAGUGUCCAACGCCUACAGCAGCACCAAGGACAGCGUGCCCCUGCUGAAGGGGGUCAUGGAGGCUGCCGAGAGCGGGGUGCGCACCCUUGGGGUAGCCGCCACAACUGGCUCCAAGCCACUCCUUGACAGACUGGAGCCACAGAUUUCUGUGGUGAAUCAUUAUGCCAUGAUGGGACUGGACAAGGUGGAAAAACUGCAAUUCCUCCAGCAGCCAGCUGAUAAGCUAGUUUCAGAUACAAUAGGCAUGAUGCACCAGUCUGUGAGCGGGGCAAAGGAGGCCAUGGCUGGGGCCAAGGAGACCAUAGCUGGGGCUGUAACCGGGGCCAAGGAAACCAUGACUGGGGCUGUAAUGUCGGCAGUGUUUGGGGGUGUGGAGAUGACCCAAGCAGCAGCCAGUGGAUUGUUCAGCUCAUUCAUGGUGACCGGUGUGGGCCAGAUGGUCAGCAGUGGGGUGGGCCUGGCCCUCAGCCACUCUGAGAACUGGGUGGACCAUAACCUGCCUCUCAGCGACAGAGAGCUGGCUGCUUUGGCAGAGCCUGCAACAGGUGAGGUGGCUACUGCACCAGUGGUGGGCUCUAGCUACUUUGUCCGUCUGGGCAAGCUGUCCUCCAAGGUGCAGGAGCGGGCCCUGGAGCAGUCCCUGGUGAGAGCCCGGCACGCCAGAGACACCACAUACGCCACCAUGACACAGAUCACCAGCACCCUGGACCUGCUGGAGAAAGCCCGCUCCACCCUGGCCACUGCAAACCACCAGCUGGGAGGGGCACCAGAGCAGCUGCUGCAGCGCUGGAAGGAGUGGCAGGAGAAACAGCCUAAAGAUGGAGUGGUAGAGACGGGGGAGGUGGAUGUUCCCAAAGACCAGACUGAGCAGUUGGAGUGGCGAACCCUCUUGAUGGUACGUGGUCUCAGUGACCAGUUGCGGUCUGCGUGCUCUGGGGUGGUGUCCAGCGCCCAGGGCUUACCCGGUGCUGUCCAGGACCAGCUGGCAAACGCACGGAAAGCGGCUGAAGAACUGCACUCCUCCCUGGGCAACACUAGCACCCUCACACCCCCCCUCCUGGAGCAGACCCGUCACCAUCUAACGCAGGUGCGACUGUCUCUGGAUGGUGUCAUGGAGUAUCUGCUCAAUAACACUCCUUUCAACUGGCUGGUGGGACCCUUUGCACCCCAGAUCACAGAGAAGGGGGAGGGCGGGUUGGCUGCGAAUAAGGGGGGCCCUCAGAACUAGGGUUAGUGUGUGAGGCAAGAGCAGGACCGAGAUGUUGGAGUAGAUUACUCCAAAAAGGCUUGUGCUUUUCAUCUGCUUUCAAUCACUGAGGCCUUAGAUUAACGUGUGGCUGACAUGCCUGCAUCUUUUUGUACAGUGCAGUAAAUUAUGUGCUUUCUAUGCACUUACUGCCCACACUUGUGCGUCCAUAAGCUAUGCUGAUGAUAACAUAUGGAAAUCACAAUACUGCGUUGUAGAUUCUCCAGAAGGGGAUGACUACUAAAACAGCCAUAUUUGGGGUCUAGCACACACUCCAAUCGGUGAAUGUUGAGAAACUAUUUAAAACAAACACUAAUUUUGUUUUUCUAACUGUAUGAAAUGCAGUAUAAACUGCACAUGCGACUGAUCUUUAAUCCUCUCAAAUUUACAAAAAGGGGUCAUGACAAAUUGGUGUGUGACAGUUGUCUGUCCUCUCUGCUGUAUGUGUAAGCUCCAGCAGGGUCUUGCUGUUGUUCCUGUCCUGAUACAGUAGGCUAAAUAAAGUCAUGUUGGCUCUGG